AUGGUUACUAUCACGCGUCAACAAGCUCUAUGCAUGUUUUUUAUCAAAGAAUACACAGAGGAGAACGUAAAAAAGCUAGAAAAGAAACUUGAAGAGAUAGAAGACGUCGAAAUAUGUUACAUUGAUGAUCCCACAGAGCCUGUCUUGAUUAAUAAGGUCAAGAUCAUUCAGAAUCCUUUUCGCUUUCAAAGUUAUAUUGGCAAUACGCAAGCAGAGAGUAAUGAGCUCUCAGCAAUGAAUAAUCGCAACCAGCUAUUAACAAAUGCACAAGUCAAGCAAUUCCUAAACUUAGUGUAUUUGCCGAUUAACCCAAACAAUGCUCUUGUUUACGAUUGUAAAACAGUUUCAAUGAAGCAAAUCCUAAGUCUUGUUUGGAACUACUGUGAGUUAUUUGACGACAACACGGUCAACUCUUUCAGCAAAUGGUGUUCACACCAAAAACUCGAUCUUUUAGAAAUGAACGCAAAAAGAAUAAAUAGUACAGAUGAUUCACAAAGAAUAAGAACUAGGUCUCUUUAUGUUCUAAAAAGUGAAUAUCUAGGUAAAAAAAACCAAAAAAAAACCAACCUAAUUGAUACUUUCAAAGAUUCAAGUUACUAA